CUCCCGGCCGCGGGAGGCGCUGGGAUCGCGAGCACCGGCUGAGGCAGCGGCGGCGGCUGGCUGCUUCGCCUGCACCCCCCGGGCGCGGUCCCCGGUCCCCAGCGCGUCAGGUCUGACGGCUGGGAGUAAGCUGGAGGAAAGAUGCCCUCUGAUUCUUUCUGUCUGGCUGCCCAGGCUCGACUUGACUCCAAAUGGUUGAAGACAGAUAUACAGCUUGCAUUCACAAGAGAUGGACUCUGUGGUCUGUGGAAUGAAAUGGUUAAAGAUGGAGAAAUUAUAUAUACUGGAACAGAAUUAACACAGAACGGAGAGCUCCCUCCUAGAAAAGAUGAUGGUGUUGAUGGUCAAAGUGGAACAAAAAAAGAAGAUCUGAAUGACAAAGAGAAAAAGGAUGAAGAAGAAACUCCUGUGCCUACAUGUAGGGCCAAAUCAAUCUUGGAGAGCUGGGUAUGGGGCAAGCAACCAGAUGUGAAUGAACUGAAGGAAUGUCUUUCUGUGCUGGUUAAAGAACAGCAAACUCUGGCCAUCCAGUCAGCCACAACCACUCUUUCAGCCACGAGACUCAAGCAGAGGCUGAUUAUUUUGGAACGAUACUUCAUUGCCUUGAAUAGAACUGUUUUUCAGGAGAAUGUCAAGGUUAAGUGGAAAAGCAGCAGUAUUUCUCUACCUCCUGUGGACAAAAAAAGUUCCCGACCUACCGGCAAAGGGGUUGAAGGACUUGCAAGAGUUGGAUCCCGAGCAGCUCUUUCUUUUGCCUUCGCGUUCUUACGCAGGGCCUGGAGGUCAGGUGAGGAUGCGGACCUCUGCAGUGAGCUGUUGCAGGAGUCCCUGGAUGCCCUGAGAGCUCUUCCUGAGGCGUCUCUCUUCGAUGAGGGCACAGUGUCCUCUGUGUGGCUGGAGGUCGUUGAACGAGCAACGAGGUUCCUCAGGUCAGUUGUGACAGGAGAUGUUCACGGAGCACCUGGCAUCAAAGGACCGGGAAGCAUCCCCCUGCAGGACCAGCACUUAGCCCUGGCCAUCUUGUUAGAGCUGGCUGUGCAGAGAGGCACGCUGAGCCAAAUGCUGUCUGCCAUCAUGUUGUUGCUACAAUUGUGGGACAGUGGGACACAGGAGACAGACAAUGAACGCUCAGCACAGGGAACCAGCGCCCCCCUCCUCCCAUUGCUGCAGAGGUUCCAGAGCAUUGUCUGCUGUAAAGACACACCUCAUACAGAUGGUGACACAAAUCUCUUAUCUGGCCCUCUGAGUCCCAAUGAGAGUUUUCUGAGGUAUCUUACUCUACCACAAGACAAUGAGCUAGCCAUCGAUUUACGACAGACGGCGGUUGUUGUCAUGGCCCAUCUAGACCGCCUGGCGACUCCCUGCAUGCCUCCUUUGUGUAGCUCUCCAACAUCUCAUAAGGGAUCGUUGCAAGAGGUCAUAGGUUGGGGGUUAAUAGGAUGGAAAUACUAUGCCAACGUGAUUGGUCCAAUUCAGUGUGAAGGCCUUGCCAACCUGGGGGUCACGCAGAUUGCCUGCGCAGAGAAGCGCUUCCUGAUCUUAUCGCGGAAUGGCCGUGUGUACACACAGACAUAUAAUAGUGACACGUUGGCCCCACAGCUGGUCCAGGGUCUUGCCUCUAGAAACAUUGUAAAGAUUGCUGCGCAUUCUGAUGGUCACCAUUACCUGGCCUUGGCAGCCACUGGAGAGGUUUACUCCUGGGGCUGUGGGGACGGUGGAAGACUGGGCCACGGAGACACCGUGCCUCUGGAGGAGCCUAAGGUGAUCUCUGCUUUCUCCGGGAAGCAGGCAGGGAAGCAUGUUGUGCACAUCGCGUGUGGGAGCACGUACAGUGCGGCCAUCACUGCUGAGGGCGAGCUGUACACCUGGGGCCGGGGCAACUACGGCCGGCUGGGCCAUGGCUCCAGUGAAGAUGAGGCCAUUCCGAUGCUAGUAGCUGGGCUUAAAGGACUGAAGGUCAUCGACGUGGCGUGUGGUAGUGGGGAUGCUCAAACCCUGGCUGUGACUGAGAACGGUCAAGUUUGGUCUUGGGGAGAUGGCGACUAUGGGAAAUUGGGCAGAGGUGGUAGUGAUGGCUGCAAAACGCCAAAGCUGAUUGAAAAACUUCAAGACUUGGAUAUUGUCAAAGUACGCUGUGGAAGUCAGUUUUCUAUUGCAUUGACUAAAGAUGGACAAGUUUACUCUUGGGGAAAAGGUGACAAUCAGAGACUUGGGCAUGGAACAGAGGAACACGUUCGUUAUCCGAAACUAUUGGAAGGCUUGCAAGGGAAAAAAGUGAUUGAUGUUGCUGCAGGCUCCACACACUGCCUUGCUUUGACGGAGGAUAGUGAGGUCCACAGCUGGGGCAGCAAUGAUCAGUGCCAGCACUUUGACACCUUGCGGGUGACCAAACCGGAGCCUGCGGCACUGCCAGGACUGGAUACGAAGCAUAUAGUUGGGAUUGCCUGUGGGCCUGCCCAGAGUUUUGCUUGGUCGUCUUGUUCCGAGUGGUCCAUUGGCCUCCGUGUCCCUUUUGUGGUGGACAUUUGCUCAAUGACUUUUGAGCAGUUGGAUCUCCUACUGCGGCAAGUGAGUGAGGGGAUGGACGGCACUGCUGACUGGCCCCCACCCCAAGAGAAAGAGUGCAUGGCUGUGGCAACACUGAAUCUUCUGCGGCUUCAGUUGCAUGCUGCCAUUAGCCACCAGGUUGACCCAGAAUUCCUUGGUUUAGGUCUGGGCAGCGUCCUCCUGAACAGCUUGAAGCAGACCGUGGUGACACUGGCCAGCAAUGUGGGUGUCCUGUGUACCGUACAGUCAGCCGCGCAGGCAGUUCUGCAGAGUGGGUGGUCAGUGCUGUUGCCCACUGCUGAGGAACGGGCACGGGCACUCUCUGCACUCUUGCCCUGCUCAGUUUCAGGCAAUGAAGUGAACAUAAGUCCAGGCCGUCGAUUCAUGAUUGAUCUUCUGGUGGGGAGCUUGAUGGCUGACGGAGGGCUGGAAUCGGCCUUGAAUGCAGCCAUUACUGCAGAAAUCCAGUUACAGGACAUUGAAGCCAAAAAAGAAGCACAGAAGGAAAAAGAAAUUGAUGAACAGGAAGCAAAUGACUCGACUUUUCACAGAAGUAGGACUCCCUUGGAUAAAGACCUCAUUAAUACAGGGAUCUAUGAAUCUUCUGGAAAACAGUGUUUGCCUCUAGUUCAGCUCAUACAACAGCUUCUUAGAAACAUUGCUUCUCAAACUGUGGCCAGAUUGAAAGAUGUUGCUCGUCGGAUUUCAUUGUGCCUGGACUUUGAGCAGCACAGUCAUGGAAGAUCUGCUUCCUUGGAUUUGUUGCUACGUUUUCAGCGUUUACUCAUCAGUAAACUUUAUCCAGGAGAAAGUAUUGGUCAGAUCUCAGAUAUUUCUAGUCCUGAGCUAAUGGGUGUUGGUUCCUUGCUGAAAAAGUACACAGCCCUUUUGUGCACACACAUUGGAGAUAUAUUGCCUGUGGCUGCUAGCAUUGCUUCUUCCAGCUGGCGGCACUUUGCAGAGGUGGCCUGUGUUGUGGAAGGAGACUUCACUGGUGUUCUCCUUCCAGAACUAGUAGUUUCUAUAGUACUUUUGCUCAGCAAAAAUGCUGGCCUCAUGCAAGAGGCUGGAGCUAUUCCUCUGUUGGGUGGCCUGUUGGAACACCUGGAUCGGUUCAACCACAUCGCACCAGGAAAAGAAAGGGAUGAUCAUGAAGAUUUAGCCUGGCCUGGCAUAAUGGAGUCUUUUUUUACAGGUCAGAACUGUAGAAAUAAUGAGGAGGUGACACUUAUACGCAAAGCUGAUUUGGAAAACCACAAUAAAGACGGAGGCUUCUGGACAGUGAUUGAUGGGAAAGUGUAUGAUAUAAAAGACUUCCAGACACAAUCUUUAACAGGGAAUAGCAUUCUUGCUCAGUUUGCAGGAGAAGACCCUGUAAUUGCUUUGGAAGCGGCUUUGCAGUUUGAAGACACCCGGGAGUCAAUGCAUGCAUUCUGUGUUGGCCAGUAUCUGGAGCCUGACCAAGAAGUUGUUACCAUACCAGACCUGGGAAGUCUCUCCUCACCUCUUAUAGACACAGAGAGAAAUCUGGGCCUUCUCCUUGGAUUACAUGCCUCCUACUUAGCAAUGAGUACACCGCUGUCUCCUGUUGAGGUUGAAUGUGCCAAGUGGCUUCAGUCAUCCAUCUUCUCUGGGGGCCUGCAGACCAGCCAGAUCCACUACAGCUACAAUGAGGAGAAAGAUGAGGACCACUGUAGCUCUCCUGGUGGCACUCCUGCCAGCAAAUCCCGGCUCUGCCCCCACAGACGGGCACUGGGUGACCAUUCCCAGGCUUUCCUGCAAGCCAUUGCUGACAAUAACAUUCAGGACCAUAGUGUGAAGGACUUUCUGUGUCAGAUAGAAAAGUACUGCAAACAGUGCCACUUAACCACACCAAUCACGUUUCCUCCCGAGCAUCCCGUAGAAGAAGUCGGCCGCUUGCUGUUAUGUUGUCUCUUAAAGCAUGAAGAUUUAGGUCAUGUGGCAUUAUCUUCAGUUCAUGCAGGUGCUCUUGGUAUUGAGCAAGUCAAACACAGAACGUUGCCUAAAUCAGUGGUAGAUGUUUGUAGAGUUGUCUACCAAGCAAAAUGCUCAUUAAUCAAGACACAUCAAGAACAGGGCCGUUCUUAUAAGGAGGUCUGCGCCCCUGUCAUUGAACGUUUGAGAUUCCUUUUUAAUGAAUUGAGGCCUGCAGUGUGUAAUGAUCUCUCUAUAAUGUCUAAGUUUAAGCUGUUAAGUUCUCUGCCCCGGUGGAAGAGGAUAGCUCAGAAGAUAAUUCGAGAACGAAGGAAAAAGAGAGUUCCUAAAAAGCCAGAAUCUACUGAUGAUGAAGAGAAAAUUGGAAAUGAAGAGAGUGAUUUAGAAGAAACUUGUAUUUUGCCUCACAGUCCUAUAAAUGUGGACAAAAGGCCCAUUACAAUUAAAUCACCCAAGGAUAAGUGGCAGCCACUGUUGAAUACAGUGACAGGUGUUCACAAAUACAAAUGGCUGAAGCAGAAUGUUCAGGGUCUUUAUCCACAGUCUGCCCUCCUUAGUACAAUUGCUGAAUUUGCCCUUAAAGAAGAGCCAGUGGAUGUGGAAAAAAUGAGGAAGUGCUUAUUGAAACAGUUGGAGAGAGCAGAGGUUCGCUUGGAAGGGAUAGAUACAAUUUUAAAACUGGCUACCAAAAAUUUCUUACUUCCGUCAGUCCAGUAUGCUAUGUUUUGUGGAUGGCAAAGACUUAUUCCUGAGGGGAUUGAUACAGGGGAGCCCCUUACAGAUUGUUUAAAGGAUGUUGAUCUGAUCCCACCUUUUAAUCGGAUGCUGCUGGAAGUAACCUUUGGCAAACUAUAUGCUUGGGCUGUUCAGAAUAUUCGACAUGUUCUGAUGGAUGCAAAUGCCAAAUUUAAAGAGCUUGGUAUCCAGCCUGUUCCCCUGCAAACCAUUACCAAUGAGAACGCAUCAGGCCCAAGCCUGGGGACGAUCCCACAGGCUCGCUUCCUCCUGGUGAUGCUCAGCAUGCUCACCCUGCAGCACGGCGCCCACAACCUGAACCUCCUGCUCAACUCCGGCAUGCUCGCCCUCACCCAGACAGCGCUGCGGCUUGUCGGCCCUAGUUCUGACAGUGUUGAAGAAGACAUGAAUGCUUCUGCCCGGGGUGCUUCAGCUACAGUUUUGGAAGAAACAAGAAAAGAGACGACUCAUGUGCAGCUGCCUGUGUCAGGCCCAGAGCUGGCAGCCAUGAUGAAAAUUGGGACCCGGGUCAUGAGGGGUGUGGACUGGAAGUGGGGUGAUCAGGAUGGACCUCCUCCCGGCCUAGGCCGUGUGAUUGGUGAAUUGGGAGAGGAUGGAUGGAUCAGGGUUCAGUGGGACACGGGCAGCACCAACUCGUACAGAAUGGGGAAAGAAGGGAAGUAUGAUCUCAAGCUGGCUGAGCUGCCAGCAUCCACACAGCCCUCCGCAGAGGACUCGGACACAGAGGAUGACUCCGAAGCUGAACAAAUUGAAAGGAACAUCCACCCCACUUCGAUGAUGCUUACAAGUACUAUUAAUUUACUGCAAACCCUCUGCCUCUCUGCUGGAGUCCAUGCAGAGGUCAUGCAGAGUGAAGCCACCAAGACUCUGUGUGGACUGCUCCGAAUGCUGGUGGAGAGCGGGACCACGGACAAGACCUCAGCAUUACCAAACAAGCUGGUGUUUAAAGAGCAGCACCGAAGCUGGUGCACACUGGGGUUUGUGCGGAGCAUUGCUCUCACGCCGCAGAUGUGCAGCACCCUGAGCUCCCCACAGUGGAUCAGCCUCCUGAUGAAGAUUGUGGAGGGACACGCACCCUUCACUGCAGCGUCGCUGCAGAGGCAGAUCUUAGCUGUACAUUUACUGCAAGCAGUACUUCCCUCGUGGGACAAGGCUGAACGGUCACGAGACAUGAAAUGCCUUGUGGAGAAACUCUUUGGUUUCCUGGGCAGCUUGCUCACUACUUGUUCUUCAGAUAUUCCUCUGCUCAGAGAGUCCACUCUGAGGAGGAGGAGGGCCCGCCCACAGGCCUCGUUGACCGCCACGCACAGCAGCACGCUGGCAGAGGAGGUGGUGGCCCUGCUCAGGACUCUGCACUCGCUGAGCCAGUGGAACGGACUCAUAAACAAGUACAUCAACUCUCAGCUCCACUCCGUCACCCCCAGCUUUGCAGGAAAGCAGUCUGAAGGGGCCCAGUUGGAUGACUAUUUCCCUGAUUCGGAGAACCCAGAAGUGGGGGGCCUCAUGGCAGUGCUGGCUGUGAUUGGCGGGAUUGACAGCCGCCUGCGAUUGGGGGGCCAAGUCACACACGAGGAGUUUGGAGAGGGCACUGUGACUCGCAUCACCCCGAAGGGCAGGAUCACUGUGCAGUUUUCUGACAUGCGGGCGUGUCGCGUUUGUCCUCUGAACCAGCUGAAGCCGCUCCCGACUGUGGCAUUCAGUGUGACCAACCUGCCUUUUAUGGAGCCCAUGCUCUCUGUCUGGGCUCAGUUGGUGAACCUUGCCGGAAGCAAAUUAGAAAAGCACAAAGUAAAGAAAUCACCUAAACAGGCCUUUGCAGCACAAGUAGACCUGGAUCUGCUGAGAUGUCAACAAUUAAAGUUGUACAUAUUGAAAGCAGGCCGAGCAUUGCUUUCCCAUCAAGAUAAACUACGGCAAAUCUUGUCUCAACCAGCUAUUCAGGAGACUGGUACUGUUCAUACAGAUGAUGGUGCAGUUGCGUCCCCUGACCUUGGGGACAUGUCUCCUGAAGGGCCGCAGCCCCCCAUGAUCCUCUUGCAGCAGUUACUAGCAUCGGCCACCCAGCCAUCCCCAGUAAAGGCCAUAUUUGAUAAACAAGAGCUUGAGGCUGCUGCUUUGGCCGUGUGUCAAUGCUUAGCUGUGGAGUCGGCCCACCCGUCGAGCCCCAUGUUUGAAGACUGCAGCUCCAGUGAGGCCACCACGCCAGUCCCAGUGCAGCACCUUCGCCCUGUCAGGGUGAAGAAGCGCAAGCAGUCGCCUGUACCAGCUCUGCCCAUUGUGGUUCAGCUUAUGGAAAUGGGAUUUCCCAGAAGGAACAUAGAGUUUGCACUGAAAGCGCUCACUGGAGCUUCUGGGAAUGCUUCCGGGUUACCCGGUGUCGAAGCCCUUGUCGGGUGGCUCCUGGACCACUCUGAUGUCCAGAUCACGGAUCUCUCGGAUGCGGACACUGUGUCUGAUGAGUACUCAGAUGAGGAGCUGGUGGAGGACAUAGAUGAGGCUGCUUACCCUGUGUCUACUGGUGCUGUUGUAACAGAGAGCCAAACUUACAAAAAACGAGCUGAUUUCCUAAGUAAUGAUGAUUAUGCUGUGUAUGUGAGAGAAAAUAUUCAGGUUGGAAUGAUGGUUAGAUGCUGUCGAACGUAUGAAGAAGUAUGUGAGGGAGAUGUGGGCAAAGUUAUCAAACUGGACAGAGAUGGAUUACAUGACCUCAAUGUGCAGUGUGAUUGGCAACAGAAAGGAGGCACCUACUGGGUUAGAUAUAUUCACGUUGAACUUAUAGGUUAUCCACCACCAAGUUCUCCUUCUCACAUCAAGAUUGGUGAUAAAAUACGAGUCAAAACCUCAGUAACCACACCAAAAUACAAAUGGGGAUCUGUUACCCAUCAAAGUGUGGGGGUUGUGAAAGCUUUUAGUGCUAACGGAAAGGAUGUCAUUGUCGACUUUCCUCAGCAGUCUCACUGGACUGGACUGCUAUCAGAAAUGGAGUUGGUACCUAGUAUUCAUCCUGGGGUUACGUGUGACGGCUGUCAGAUGUUUCCUAUCAAUGGAUCUAGAUUCAAAUGCAGAAACUGUGAUGACUUUGAUUUUUGUGAAACCUGUUUCAAGACCAAAAAACAUAACACUAGGCAUGCAUUUGGCAGAAUAAAUGAACCAGGACAGUCUGCAGUGUUUUGUGGCCGCUCUGGGAAGCAGCUGAAGCGCUGUCACAGCAGUCAGCCUGGAACGCUGCUUGAUAGCUGGUCGCGCAUGGUGAAGAGCCUGAAUGUUUCGUCCUCGGUGAACCAGGCUGCACGCCUCAUCGACGGCAGCGAGCCCUGCUGGCAGUCGUCUGGGUCACAGGGGAAGCAUUGGAUUCGUUUGGAGAUCUUCCCAGAUGUUCUUGUUCAUAGAUUGAAAAUGAUAGUAGAUCCUGCUGACAGUAGCUAUAUGCCUUCCCUGGUUGUAGUGUCAGGUGGAAAUUCCCUAAAUAAUUUAAUUGAACUAAAGACAAUCAAUAUUAACCCGACUGACACCACAGUGCCCCUUCUGAGUGACUGCACUGAGUAUCACAGAUAUAUUGAAAUUGCAAUAAAGCAGUGCAGGAGCUCAGGAAUUGAUUGUAAAAUUCAUGGUCUCAUCAUACUGGGACGGAUUCGUGCAGAGGAAGAAGAUUUGGCUGCAGUCCCUUUCCUAGCUUCAGAUAAUGAGGAGGAAGAUGAUGAUAAAGGCAAUAGUGGAAGCCUUAUUAGGAAGAAGGCUUCAGGGCUGGAAUCAGCUGCUACAAUAAGAACCAAGGUGUUUGUGUGGGGCCUGAAUGACAAGGACCAGCUGGGCGGCCUGAAAGGCUCUAAGAUAAAGGUUCCUUCAUUCUCUGAGACCUUAUCUGCUUUGAAUGUAGUACAGGUGGCUGGUGGUUCUAAAAGUUUGUUUGCAGUGACUGUGGAAGGGAAAGUAUAUGCAUGUGGAGAAGCCACCAAUGGACGGCUGGGGCUGGGCAUCUCCAGUGGGACAGUACCCAUCCCUCGACAGAUCACGGCCCUAAGCAACUACGUGGUUAAAAAGGUGGCUGUUCAUUCAGGUGGUCGGCAUGCUACAGCUCUGACUGUUGAUGGAAAAGUGUUUUCGUGGGGUGAAGGUGAUGAUGGAAAACUUGGACACUUCAGCAGGAUGAACUGUGACAAGCCAAGGCUGAUAGAGGCCCUGAAAACCAAGCGUAUACGCGACAUUGCCUGUGGGAGCUCUCACAGUGCCGCCAUCACUUCCAGUGGUGAACUGUACACUUGGGGCCUUGGAGAGUAUGGCCGGUUGGGACAUGGGGAUAAUACAACACAGCUGAAGCCCAAAAUGGUGAAAGUCCUUCUUGGUCACAGAGUAAUCCAGGUUGCAUGUGGAAGUAGAGAUGCACAGACUCUGGCUCUGACUGAUGAAGGUUUGGUAUUUUCCUGGGGUGAUGGUGACUUCGGAAAACUGGGCCGAGGAGGAAGUGAAGGCUGCAACAUUCCCCAGAACAUUGAAAGACUAAAUGGACAGGGUGUUUGCCAGAUUGAGUGUGGUGCUCAGUUUUCCUUGGCUCUUACAAAGUCAGGAGUGGUGUGGACAUGGGGGAAGGGGGAUUACUUCAGGCUGGGCCAUGGCUCAGAUGUACAUGUGCGGAAGCCACAGGUGGUGGAAGGACUGCGGGGGAAGAGGAUUGUGCACGUAGCCGUGGGGGCCCUGCAUUGCCUGGCUGUCACUGACGCGGGUCAGGUAUAUGCCUGGGGUGACAAUGAUCAUGGUCAGCAGGGCAAUGGCACGACCACAGUUAACAGAAAGCCCACACUCGUACAAGGCCUAGAAGGCCAGAAAAUCACACGAGUGGCUUGCGGGUCAUCUCACAGUGUGGCAUGGACAACCGUCGACGUAGCAACACCGUCCGUCCACGAGCCAGUUCUCUUCCAAACUGCAAGAGACCCUUUAGGUGCUUCCUAUUUAGGCGUGCCUUCAGAUGCAGAUUCUUCUGCUGCCAGUAAUAAAAUCAGUGGUGCAAAUCUAUCUAAGCCAAAUCGCCCUUCUCUUGCCAAGAUUCUCUUGUCAUUGGAUGGAAAUCUGGCCAAACAGCAGGCCUUAUCUCAUAUACUUACAGCAUUGCAAAUCAUGUAUGCCAGAGAUGCAGUGGUUGGAGCCUUGAUGCCAGCCGGCAUGAUAGCUCUGGGCGAGUGCCCUCCACUCUCCUCUCCAGCAUCCUCUGCUGACAUGCCAGCCAUGGCCAGUCCAGUGAAUGCAGAAGAGUGCGUUCUGGCUUUCGAUCUUGAGGACAGGCUGAGUCCAAAUCCAUGGCAAGAAAAGAGAGGAGAGAUGAUGUCUUCUGAAGAUGCCGUGACUCCCUCUGCAGUAACCCCCUCUGCUGCUUCAGCUUCCUCUCGGCCGUUUAUCCCUGUGACAGAUGACCCAGGAGCUGCCAGCAUCAUUGCAGAAACCAUGACCAAAACCAAAGAAGAUGUUGAAAACCAAAAUAAAGCAUCAGGCCCUGAACCUCAGUAUUUGGAUGAAUUCACCAGUCUGUUGAUCGCAGACGACACUCGAGUCGUGGUGGACCUGCUCAAGCUGUCUGUCUGCAGCCGGGCCGGGGACAAGGGCAAGGACGUCCUCUCUGCUGUGCUGUCUGGGAUGGGCACUGCCUACCCACAGGUGGCAGAUAUGCUGUUGGAGCUCUGUGUCACCGAGUUGGAGGAUGUAGCAACAGACUCACAGAGUGGCCGUCUCUCCUCGCAGCCAGUGGUGGUGGAGAGCAGCCACCCCUAUACUGAUGACACUUCUACCAGUGGCACAGUAAAAAUCCCAGGUGCAGAAGGACUCAGGGUGGAAUUUGAUCGACAGUGCUCCACAGAACGGCGCCAUGACCCCCUUACAGUCAUGGAUGGGGUCAACAGGAUUGUCUCAGUGCGAUCAGGCCGUGAAUGGUCCGACUGGUCCAGUGAGCUCCGCAUCCCGGGCGACGAGCUCAAGUGGAAGUUCAUCAGUGACGGGUCUGUGAAUGGGUGGGGCUGGCGCUUCACUGUCUACCCUAUCAUGCCGGCCGCAGGCCCUAAAGACCUCCUCUCCGAUCGCUGCAUCCUGUCCUGCCCGUCCAUGGACCUGGUGACAUGUCUGUUAGAUUUCCGACUCAACCUUGCCUCUAACAGGAGCAUCGUCCCCCGCCUCGCGGCCUCUCUUGCAGCGUGUGCACAGCUGAGUGCCUUAGCUGCCAGUCACAGAAUGUGGGCCCUUCAAAGACUGAGGAAGCUGCUUACGACUGAAUUUGGGCAAUCAAUUAACAUAAAUAGAUUACUUGGAGAUAAUGAUGGAGAAACAAGAGCAUUGAGUUUUACAGGCAGUGCUCUUGCAGCUUUGGUGAAAGGCCUUCCGGAAGCUUUGCAAAGGCAGUUUGAAUAUGAAGAUCCUAUUGUGAGAGGUGGCAAACAGCUACUCCACAGCCCAUUCUUUAAGGUACUAGUAGCUCUUGCAUGUGACCUAGAACUUGAUACUCUCUCUUGCUGUGCUGAGACACACAAGUGGGCUUGGUUCAGAAGGUACUGCGUGGCCUCCCGAGUUGCUGUGGCCUUGGACAAAAGAACACCGUUGCCCCGUCUGUUUCUUGAUGAGGUGGCUAAGAAAAUUCGCGAAUUAAUGGCAGACAGUGAAAACAUGGAUGUUCUCCAUGAGAGCCAUGACAUUUUUAAAAGAGAGCAAGAUGAACAACUUGUGCAGUGGCUGAACAGGCGACCAGAUGACUGGACUCUUUCUGCUGGUGGCAGUGGAACAAUUUAUGGAUGGGGACAUAAUCAUAGGGGGCAACUUGGGGGCAUUGAAGGUGCAAAAGUUAAAGUUCCAACUCCAUGUGAAGCUCUUGCAACUCUCAGACCAGUGCAAUUAAUUGGGGGAGAACAGACUCUCUUUGCUGUGACAGCUGAUGGAAAGCUAUAUGCCACUGGGUAUGGGGCAGGAGGAAGACUAGGAAUUGGAGGAACGGAAUCCGUAUCUACUCCAACAUUACUUGAAUCCAUUCAGCAUGUGUUUAUUAAGAAAGUAGCUGUGAACUCAGGAGGAAAACACUGUCUUGCCCUUUCUUCAGAAGGAGAAGUUUACUCUUGGGGUGAGGCAGAAGAUGGAAAGUUGGGGCAUGGCAACAGAAGUCCUUGUGACCGCCCUCGUGUGAUUGAGUCUUUGAGGGGGAUUGAAGUGGUUGACAUUGCUGCUGGUGGAGCCCACAGUGCUUGUGUCACGGCGGCUGGGGACCUCUACACAUGGGGCAAAGGCCGGUACGGUCGCCUGGGGCACAGUGACAGUGAGGAUCAGCUAAAGCCAAAGCUGGUGGAGGCCCUGCAAGGGCACCGCGUGGUGGACAUUGCCUGUGGCAGUGGUGACGCCCAGACCCUCUGCCUCACCGACGGUGACACUGUCUGGUCCUGGGGAGAUGGGGACUAUGGCAAGCUUGGCAGAGGAGGCAGCGACGGCUGUAAGGUGCCGAUGAAGAUUGACUCCCUUACAGGCCUCGGAGUGGUGAAGGUAGAGUGUGGAUCCCAGUUUUCUGUUGCACUGACCAAAUCUGGAGCUGUUUAUACUUGGGGCAAAGGUGAUUAUCACAGGCUGGGACAUGGAUCCGAUGACCAUGUGAGAAGACCUCGGCAAGUCCAAGGACUGCAGGGAAAGAAAGUCAUUGCAGUUGCCACUGGCUCUUUACACUGUGUGUGCUGCACAGAGGACGGUGAAGUUUACACGUGGGGUGACAAUGAUGAGGGACAGCUUGGAGAUGGAACAACAAACGCCAUCCAGAGGCCUCGGCUGGUUGCUGCCCUUCAGGGUAAGAAGGUCAACCGUGUAGCCUGCGGCUCAGCGCAUACCCUCGCCUGGUCAACCAGCAAGCCUGCCAGCACCGGGAAACUACCUGCUCAGGUCCCCAUGGAGUACAAUCACCUGCAGGAAAUUCCAAUAAUCGCACUGCGGAAUCGACUGCUGCUGCUGCAUCACAUCUCAGAGCUCUUCUGUCCCUGCAUCCCCAUGUUUGACCUGGAGGGCUAUCUUGAUGAAACUGGACUCGGACCUUCCGUGGGCUUCGACACACUACGAGGAAUCCUGAUAUCGCAGGGAAAGGAGGCAGCUUUCCGAAAAGUAGUACAAGCCACUAUGGUGCGAGAUCGUCAACACGGUCCUGUCGUAGAGCUGAACCGGAUCCAGGUAAAACGUUCAAGGAGUAAAGGCGGGCUGGCUGGCCCUGAUGGCACAAAGUCUGUCUUUGGGCAGAUGUGCGCUAAAAUGAGCUCGUUUAGUGCAGACAGCCUCCUCCUCCCCCACCGCGUCUGGAAAGUGAAGUUUGUAGGUGAAUCUGUGGACGACUGUGGUGGUGGCUACAGUGAGUCCAUAGCAGAGAUCUGUGAAGAGCUUCAGAACGGGCUCACUCCUCUGCUAAUUGUGACACCCAACGGGAGGGAUGAGUCGGGGGCCAACCGCGACUGCUACCUGUUCAACCCAGCCGCCAGGGCGCCAGUGCACACCAACAUGUUCCGCUUCCUGGGCGUGUUGCUGGGCAUUGCCAUCCGAACCGGGAGCCCACUGAGCCUCAACCUUGCUGAGCCUGUGUGGAAGCAGCUGGCUGGGAUGAGCCUCACCAUCGCUGACCUCAGUGAGGUCGAUAAGGAUUUUAUCCCUGGGCUCAUGUACAUCCGCGACAACGAGGCUGCUGCAGAGGAGUUCGAGGCCAUGGGGUUGCCCUUCACGGUGCCAAGUGCGGGCGGCCAGGAUGUGCAGCUGAGUGCCAAGCACGCCCACAUCACACUGGACAACCGGGCGGAGUAUGUCCGCCUGGCAAUCAACUAUAGACUCCAUGAAUUCGAUGAGCAGGUGGCUGCAGUUCGGGAAGGAAUGGCCAGAGUCGUGCCUGUCCCCCUCCUUUCCCUGUUUACUGGAUACGAACUGGAAACCAUGGUAUGUGGCAGCCCAGAUAUCCUCUGCAUCUCUUAAAUCGGUGCAACAUAUAAGGGGAUCGAGCCUUCGGCACCCCUGAUGCAGUGGUUCUGGGAGGUGAUGGAGUCCUUCUCCAACACAGAGCGCUCCCUCUUCCUCCGCUUCGUGUGGGGCCGGACCAGGCUCCCCAGGACCAUCGCCGACUUCCGGGGCAGAGAUUUUGUGGUCCAGGUUCUGGAUAAAUACAACCCUCCUGACCACUUCCUUCCUGAAUCGUACACAUGUUUCUUUUUGCUGAAGUUGCCCAGGUAUUCCUGUAAACAGGUGUUAGAGGAAAAACUGAAAUAUGCCAUCCACUUUUGCAAAUCAAUAGACACAGAUGAUUAUGCUCGCAUAGCCCUCACAGGAGAGCCGGCAGCCGACGACAGCAGCGAUGACUCUGACAAUGAAGACGCAGACUCCUUUGCUUCAGAUUCUACACAGGACUACCUAACUGGACACUGAGUGGGGGAUACACUCUCUUGAAGCAGCAGGAGGCUUAGACCAAGGAGGCAAAGUGCUAUUGCUUAGAUAAUGGAAUAUCUGAUGAGUGAAACCAGAAUUAUUCGUCUUCUAAAUGUAUGGGUGGAGGGGGAGGCGGAGAGACUGAUUGUUCAUGAUUGGAAUAAUGAAUGGAAUGAUGAUCAGAAAAAUCAGCUUUGUGCAAAUGGAACACUAUAUGGACACUUAACAUUUAUUUUUGAGAUGUGAAAGGGUCCUGUCACCCCAUAAAAUGCUGCAUUACAUGUAGAACUUUUGUGUUUACUAAAGUGUGUAAAUAUUUAUAUAAAUAACUGAAUUGCAGCUUUCCAAGAAUGAAUAAAGCCUUUUUACUUGUGGGUGCCAUAGA